AUGUCCGGCAGAGGUGGACAAGAUGAUAAAAGCAUCACACAGUUUGUGGAUUUGAAGACUGUUUUUGAUAAGCUCUUACUCCAUGCAGAUAGUAAUAGAAAAGUGCAUGUACUUCAUUCUAGAAGUAUUUUCCAUCCAGAUUCUCUUUCAAAUUAUCCAGACAUAAAAUGCAGACAUAUGAUGCAGUUUUAUGAGCAACAAAGUUUGUUAUUUGAUGCUGAAAAUGAUGAAUGUGCAAACAAAGAGAGCACAAUUGGGAAACAUACCAUGGAAAAUGUUAGUGAAACAGACCUUGAAAUCACAACUGGAGAUAUUAGCUUUGAAAGAAUUUCAGAACUGGAAAAUAGCUACACAGAAGAAAAAGUAUCGGAUGUUUUGAAAGUUCUUACUGCAGCAGCUACAGAAAUUAACACAAAACUUAAAAUUAUAGAGUGGUUGGUUGAAAUAUGUUCAACUGGUAAAAUGCCUAUAAAUUUAAUCAUUACCAAUGAUUUGUUGCAUUACUCACAGAAGUUGCUUUAUGCUUACUCCAAUAUGCUAUUGAACAAUAAGAAAGUAGUUAAAAACAUAGAAACUGCUGAGCUGACAUUGAUGGUGCCACUUCUGAUGCUUCUUAAGUUUUCACAGAAUAUGACAGUUGAAAAUAUUCGUUCAGCAUAUAUUUAUAGGUCUUAUGUUAUGUUGGAACUUAUGCAGGCAGUCACUCAUUGCUUUCAUAGUGCUGCUGAAAUGGGCAGUGGAAUACAUAACUAUACCAGUGGAAAAAUAGUUAUCAGUGCAGCUAAUAAGAUGGCCCAUAAAGACACAGUAAAUGCAUUUGGAAAUUGUUAUGGGUUCUUCAUACAAAGUAAAAAAUUUCACAUAACUGGAUACAAAGUAAUUUUGUUUGAUACUUUGAAUAACUCGUGCAGUUCAAGAGAUGUUAGUGAACAUUUAUUAAGAGUGAAGAUGGAUGUCAUGUCCUCUGUUAAAGCAAAUAGUGGCUGCAGUUUUAGUUAUGAAGAUGCAGAAUGGAUUACUUUAGUAGUGGCAAGGUUGCUUCCACUUAAUUACUUGCUGGGCUACACAGAACUGAUGUGGAAGGAGCAUCUCUUGCAUAUGAGUGGACAGAUACACAUUUUUCUUACAGAAAGUCACCAGCAUGAAAGCAUGCAGCAAAAGAUGUGUGAAGAAGGUGAUGUGGUUGGCUUCAGAAGUGUGGAUGCCACUUUUGAUGGCCACCCACUCUUGGCAGUUCAGUGUCUUCGAGGAUAUGUGCUUGCGGUGACUGGAAACUGUUUAAUGAUGUGGGCCAUGGACAUUGGCCUACUCUGUUAUACUUCACAGUCAUUUGUCAAACAUCUGCCGGCAAGUUCUGGAUUUGAUAAGCCAGCAUUAAUAAAAUUCUGUGAACUUCAAGGUGUAGAAUGUAACUUUAAUGAAAACUUCUUCUUACAUGCAUCACAACUUUUACUAGUACUUUUAAAAAAUAAUUCUCAAACUGGGAAGCAUAUUCUGUUAUCAGAUAAAGGAGAGAGCAUUUUAUGCCUGUUAGAGCAUCCUGGCUUUCAUGUAAGAAUCAGAGUCCUAGACAUCCUUUUGUGUCUGGCAGGUAAUUGCCAAGAAAUAUGCACAUUCAUAGAGAAAAAGGCUGUUGAUAAAUGUCUAGUAGGAAAGCUGGAGCGGUAUGCCCAUGCGUAUGCAUCACACAUGCACAAAGACAGAAGAUUAUUCAACGUAGAAACACUUGUGUUGACAAAGGUUUUGAGUACAAUUUUAGAUAGUAAGAAAGAUGUAGAAUAUUGGCCAGCUUCCACCCAGGCAGUUAGAGCUUUAAGGAUUCUUUAUGAUAUACCAGAUAUAUCAUGGAAGAAGGUUAUUGACAAAUGUCUGCAGCAGCUUCGGCAUCGGGUCAGGAGAGGCAACAUGAUUAGACAAAGAGCAAGAAAUGUGAAAGAUGGUUCACACAACACCAGACUUCCUAGGAAUAAUACAUUAUGUGAAUAUAAUUUCCAGAAAUUUGACUCUGUGCUGUCAAAGUCUGAAACACCAGAGCCCCCAUUGGAUAUUCAAACAGGUGGAGAACAGAAAGUGCUUUUGAAAUCAAACUCAGAUUAUUACAUCCUUGGUUCCAAAGUGGACAUCACUGCAGAUCAGAGUCAUGAAUUGAUGGAGCAAAUUACUCUGGAUGAUUUGAAGGAAUUGCAGCUCGCUGAAGUUCUGUGUGGUCUUUUAAACAACAAUGCAGAGAGCACAAUGUACUUUGGUUUAUCCAAACAAUCAAUAGUCACAGGGAUAGUGUUACAUCGAGAAGAUAAAGAUGUGUUUAGAAAUGGAAUUGAUAGAAUAAUGAGCAAGUGCUUAUUACCAGAAGUACGGGCCGACUCCUAUGAAGUACUUUUUACUCCAGUUUUAAAACCUGGUGAUAAACCAGUUGACAUUUCAAAAAUUCACUUGUAUGUCAUAGAAGUUCGUGUGCAUCCCCUUAUGCAUAUGGCUUACGUGGUGUAUCAAGGCCGACGUUGUUUCAUGAGACAAGAUACCAGUACAGUUGAAUGGACUGUAACACAGAAAAAGAAUUAUAUGAUGGAACAAGAGGAAAGAAUUUUAGAUGAUUCAAUUGAGAAAUUAAAUGAGGAUACCAGAAAUAAUCUGCACUUAUUAGCAAACCUCAUGAAGAAAUAUGUUAUGGAUAACAACUGA